UCGACUACAGUGAACAGUGAGCCAACGCCAUCAAUGUGAUAGGGAAGGAAUUAUAUUGCCAAACAAUCAAAUUCUUGUAACCGGUGUACUAUAAAAAAAUAAAACAAACGACUUUUAAACCGCGAACGCGAAAAACGACACCAGUUUACUUCAAUCUAACAGUUAAAGUGUAUUUAAUGGUUCCUACAAGUCCCAGUGUGGUUAUUCGUGUGUCUGUUAUUUUAUUCAGAAUUUCUUAGUUCAAUCAAGGAAAAGUAGGAAGAUGUGAUCCUGUUUGAUGUUAAGUGUUUUCUGUUUAGUGCGGAAGUUCGUGUGUGGAGUUUGUUAUUGUUGCAAGAAUAUGCAGAAGUGUUUUUGGGCAUAUUGAUUUUCGGAUAUUGGACCUACCCUUACAUAUAGUCCCCAGGGCCCAAGGGCGAACUAACUAUGUUGGGCAGCCCAGCUGGGCCAGGGGGACCGAAUCAGCGAGGUCUGUGGCCCCUGGCUCCAGCACCAGCACCUUCUGCUACAGCUUUCACGGCUGAUGGUUUCAACAAAUGCGGUGUUUACUCCUUGUUUCCGGGUGGUCCAACAUUUGGAAGUGCAUUGUACUCUCAUGCUCGCACAAUAGGACAAUUUACUUCCGGUCAUAUCCAGCAAUCUUCAGGGAAUCCAUUUUAUCAUAAAGAUUCGCUUUUUUCGUCAGCGGGCUACACGUUUGGUGCACCAACGCCUCCCCCAGGCUCACCAUAUUCUCCGGUUCCAGUGACGCAGUUGGAACUUUUUGCAAAAGGCUUCAACUCGAACAUCAUUAUCCAACAACCCGACUACCCAGUGAGUCCCAAGAAACUCCAAGUGCAAGAGAAACGGUGUGAUGAAAAGUGUUGUAAUUUAAAACUGCAGAAAUCGUGCAAUUGCCAAAUCGAUUCUUCUCCGAAAAAGUUUUCUGAAAACGGUAACGGGUGUUCUCGAACCAAUCCGAUCGAAUGGACUGGAGUAAGUGUAAAAAAAGAACCCGGGGCGAAUCCUUGUCAAGUCGCGGAAAUAACUACUAGUGUUUCGCCGGUAGUUAAGGUGGAAGUAACGUCACCAAAAAACUCGAAUGAAUUACAACAUAACGUUGUGUCAAAUUCCAGCGUUAAUGGUAACGGAGAAGGGGCGACGGCAGGUAUGGCUGCAACCACGACAGGAGGCGCGGCCGGAGGUGCGACUUUGUUACAGUGUACGGACGAACGAAACACGGCAUUGGCGGGCUGGUCAAUGGGCGGAGCGCACAAUUCGACAUUGACCACACCGACUUUGUGGCAGUAUCCCGCGCCCGUUCCUAUGGAGCCGAUGGUUCCUCUCCCGGUACCAAUGCCUCCUGUCGGAUUCCAGCUAGUCCGUGACCCAACAACCGGAGGUCUCCUUCUUUUGCCCACAACCGGGAUAGAACCCCUUCAGCAAGCCGUCGUUUGGCCCAGCUAUCACCAACCUCCUUCGGUUCUUCUGCCUCCCUUACCGCCGCCCCCGCUGCAGUUAUUAAGUUCUGCUGCAUCAGAUUACUUGUCAAGCAGCACUACACUUCAUCAGCAUACGCAGACGCAUAGCACUCGUUUGGUAGCAGUCACUACAGACAACAAACGAAAAAUUCCUUUACCCAUUCCAACUACUACAUUAAUUAAAAUAGAAACAGACGCUACGACUUUGGACCAAACAAAAACCCUCCAAGCUGUUAGUACAAUCGCCAGUAAUACUGGAACUGUUUUCACCGAUCCAAAUAUGACCCCUCUAGUUACUACACAUGUAAUCUAUCAGCAUCCAACAAAUUUAAUUUUGUCACAACCGACACCUUCAGAAACGAUAUGCAGGUCGCAGGCGACCUCUCCAGUUACUUGUUUGACGCCGCCACCAGAAACAAUUCCCAUUAAUGAAGAAGAACCUUUAGCCGUUCAAGAUGCCAGCAAUCAGACCGAAACACCGAUAUGUAGCGAAGACGAUAAUACGAAUCUUAUACCUAUAGAAGAUGUCGCAGAUAUUAGAGUGAAGCAGCAGGACUUACCUGAACCAAAACUAGAACAACCUGAAAGCAGUGCUUCCAUUACUGUCGUACCUGAUCCAAUUCAAGAAGUUAAACCGAAAGAACCUGAACAAGUACAAGAAGUUUCUACACAAAUGGAAGAAAUUCAAAAUUGCCACAAAGACACAGAAUUGGUUGUUGUAACGCAACACAAUGACAACACCUCGAAACCCGACAUUAGUGGCUUGGAAUUGUUGUCAAACAGCAUAGUCGAGUUUGAAAAUGGCCGAAAUCACGUCACAAUAGAACAAGCAGAGGGUAUAGAUGAAGAAACGUCUUCAAAAUCAGUAGAAGAGCAUCAAAAAUUGACUAUUUCAAAAAGAAUGCAAGAUAAUUUGGGUGGUUUAGAUUUACUGUGUGCUUUGGCUGAACAACGAAUUUUGGAAGAAAAUAAUGAAAAACAUAAAACUGAGAAAGAUAAAACUAAAGAACGGAAGAAGGAAAAGAGGAAAUUGAGAAAACAUUCAGAUGAACAUGAACCGAAACGGAAGAAAACUAGAAGUGAUCAGCAUAGUGACGACGAACGCAGCUCAAAAAAGAACACUGACAAAGCGUUGAUUGAAGUAACGUCUGAAACAAUCAUAAACAAAGAUGUGUGUUCUAUUGAUAGUUAUAGAUCUUACAAAACUCCUGAAUCUGAGGAAGAAGUUAAGAAAUUUAUUGCUAGUAAGAGCCAGCCUUCAUGUUGUGAUAAUGAUUGGCCCUAUAUGAAUGAAAUGGAGCUGGAUAUGAGAAUGAAAUUGGCAGAUUUACAGCGCCAGUAUCGUGAAAAGCAAAAGGAGUUAAACAAAUUAAAACCCAGAAAACAGUCGCAAGAAUACAAGAGGCCACGGAAGAGAUCGACACAUUCAGAACGAAGUCUUACUCCGCCGCCUCAAUUGGAUAAAAUGGAUUUAUCUCUUGUACCACUCAAAAAUCAAGAACUGCUUAAACCACCAACUCUAUGCGCCUUCGAAAAUAUUAAAACGCCUAAAUUAGAAGCAAUAAAACAAAGCGAUAGGAUAAUCAACGAUUACAAAAAUGAUUUGUUAAGACAACAGGCCUUGAACGAAAUUGAAUUGUCUCCAGAGAAAAAUUCCUCUUCAAAGAAGCGGAAGGUUGGCAGACCUAAGAAGCUUUUGUCACCGUCUGGCUGUCACGUGGUUACAGAAACAAUUGUAGCUAAAAAGCCUAAGAACAAUUUCGUAGGUUAUUUCCUAGCAGCUAAGGAAAAAUUCCAACUACAGAAUAAGAUGUUCACAAACAGCCCACCAAGAUACCUGGAAGAAACUACAAUGACACAUAAGACAAAAAAGAAUAAAAACAACAACAACAUAGUUAUCACAGAUAUUAAAUCAUCUAAAAUAAGGCCGAAACUUAAAGCGGAACUGACAGUAAAAAUGUAUAAUGACGAUAAAGACCAACUUAGUUGGGGCUCAAAUCUAGAUGACAAUGAUAAUAAUGAUUGUCAAAAUAAUGAAGACGAGGACGAAGAGGAUGUUGAAAGAAGUCUAGCUGGGGAAGAAUCAGAAGGCGUAUGCACUGAAAAUGUUUCAAAAGUGAAAGAAAUUGUUGAAGAAGAAAAAGAAACCACAGAAGUUGUUGAAGCAAAAGCUAUUGAUUCGAGGUGUACCUUAACGUCAGAACAUUUGGAAAUAGACAAAUUACGUGUUUUGACAGCAAUGGGUGGCCUUUUCUACGCUGGUCACUUAAAUGCUGUUGAACCACCAGAUGUAUAUUCCAUUACAUUAGAUGGCGAAAGAGGUAACCGUCCACACAUCAUGUCCAGAGAAGAAAUAUUACGAGAUGCGAUAGUCGAAGUCGCUCCAAAAAGUACCGAGGAAUUAUUCGCUGGUACGAGGCUUUGUGCUUAUUGGAGUCAACAGUAUCGUUGUUUGUAUCCCGGCAGUGUUGCUGAACCAGGCACUCCGAAUCCUGCUUUGGAUUCUAAAUUCGUUGCUGUGGAAUUUGACGAUGGUGAUAGUGGCAGAAUAGCGCUGGAGGAUAUUAGAUUGUUGCCACCUGAUUAUCCAAUCAUAGAAUACGAUCCGAACCCUCUACUAAGCUUAAGUAAACGACGACGUCGAACUUCUACUAGUGUUUCGGCAGAAGAUCGUCGACAAUCAACUCAGCAAUUAGUAGCACAACCUGUCGCUUCUUCAGUUUCUUUGAAACCGAUUGCAGAAGUUGAAAAAGACCCCGAAAAGGAAAAUAAGGACACCAACAAACCAGAUGUCGAAUCUCAUAAAGAACGUAAACGUUUAAAAAAAAAGAAACGUGACAAAUUGAAACAGAAACUAUUGCACGAAGAUAAGAAAAAGAAAAAGAAACACAAGUGUACAGAUGAGUAUUGCAAACAUAAAAAACACCACAAAAAACAUAGAAAACACAAGAAGCACCACCAUUACGACGACAGUAAAGAAGUAAAGAUCGUACAAUCGGUGGACAAUCAAGAUUGUGAUAGCGAAAGUAAUGACCGAGGUGAGGAAGAAGAAGACUCGUCAGUUUUUAAUCCAGAAGAUGAAGUUACGAUGGAUGAUAUUCUUGAAGCUAAAAAAUCUAGCAAAUCGAAGAAGAUAAGAGAUAGACAGGAAUCAUGCGAAAGUCGUAGUAAAAUGAGUGCAUUUCUACCAGCUCGACAAUUAUGGGGUUGGUCAGGCAAAGGAUACAAAAGACCGAGAGCCAAGGGACGAUCCCGAAAGCAAUUUUAUAAAGCAAUACAGCGAGGAAAGGAGACAAUAACUGUUGGAGAUUCAGCCGUAUUUCUUUCAACUGGUAGACCUGAUAGACCUUACAUUGGUAAAAUUGAGGCAAUGUGGGAGCUAUGUGGGACUAUGGUUGUUAAAGUGAAAUGGUUCUAUCAUCCAGAAGAAACAGUCGGUUGUCCUUUAAAUUUGCAAUAUCCCGGAGCUCUUUUUGAAUCACCGCACGUCGAUGAAAACGAUGUCCAAACAAUAUCGCAUAAAUGUGAAGUGUUGCCAUUACGAGAAUAUACAGAACGAUUAGGAGAUGACCCCCAGCGUUAUGCGACUAUUUACGACAACAACGAUAUCUAUUACUUAGCAGGACAUUAUGAUCCUACGACGACUACUUUGAAAAUGGAGCCAAAUAUUCCUUUCUCAAAACCAGACUGAUGUUGUAAUAACACGCGGAAUGAAGCAAUAAUCCGAUCUUUGAAAAUAAUAAUUCAUACAUGUAAAUUGUUACAAUAGUGAUUUUCGGUGCUAUAUUGGAAAUAUAUAAGUACGCAGUUUUAUUUUAAAUUUGAUAUACUCUGAGUUGAAAUGUUAAGUUUUAAAUAUUUCUUUCAAAGUUACUUUAUGACAUCAUAGCUUGAGAAAAAAUGUACAAAUACUAUUAAGCGGAAGCUAUUCUUGCAUUUUGGACAAAGUUGUGGUGAUUUGAUAGAACAAUUCUUAAGAAUAUUGACUAAGAGAAUUCUUACAUUUAGGUGUAUAUUCUGUUGUAGGUUUGUGCACUAAUACUGUUUUUUCAUUUGGACAAUCUGAACAGUGCAUUUUUUCUAUUUUGUAUUAUUUGUUGUUUCAUAUAGUCAUGGAUUUUUCUAUCAAAUUCUGUAUGUGGAUAUAACUCAUAUGUAAAUAUUAUAUGUUAUAGUUUUGCACAAUAUAUAUAUAUAUAUUAAAAAAUAUAUUUUCAUAGAAUUUGCCAGUAGCCUAAGUCAUGUUGGUCUUAUAUUGGUAUCCAUAAAUCUCUCAUCAAUCUUUGGAACUAUUGGUCUGAUGUGGGUGCCUAACAUUGUAAAUUGUGUCUAAAAGACCUAGUGACUACUAUUGGAAUCAGUAUUAACAAAAGCUCUAAAAUUUGUUGACACAUUAGUGUUUGUACUUAACUUGUUUAAUGAGUGGGGAUGCAUGAAUUUAUCCAUAGGAAGUAAAAAUUUUAAGAGAACAAAAGUGAAUUAGGCUUAAAGUACUUUAAAACAAGAAAUAAGUGGACAUGGUUUAUAUUUUUUUAUUGAAAUAAAGAAAAGACUGGGAAAGUGUCUUGUCAAAAAAUUUCAGAGUUUUUGGUAUUUAUUAUAAACCAAGAAAAAAAGAAAAGAAAAAUAAAUGUGCAAUGUACUCUUGUUUAGUAUGUACUUAGAUCUCUCAGUACUAAAAAUAUAUCUUAAUAUACUUAGUCGCUUUCAGAUGCUUUUUCAUACUAUACAAUACAAUAGGAAACAGUAAAUGUCUCUAUAAGGAAUAAUGUAUCAUUCUUCCACAAUCUUUCAUUUGAAUUUGUACCAAUACGCUUAUAAAAAUCAAUUUAGUUUUAGGUGCUUAGAAGUAUACAACCGAGUAAUUAUCUGAGUUUAUACUGUUUAUGUGAUUUUUUAUUAAUAUAUUAUUUUAAAAGCGUGUUUUGUAAAAAUUAUAUCAACAUCAUUGCAAUUGAAUAUAUUUUUCAUUUCGUUGUGUACUGUGUCAUAAUUAUUAUUAAAUAUACGAGUACGUGACCAUGUUGAUUUAUUUUUAUUUAACACCACGUUAUUUCUUGAUUUACUUAAGGAAAUGUAUAAAAAAGCAGAUUUAAUCUAGAGAACCAUGUGUGGUUAUUUAUUGUAAAAUGUCAAAAAAAAUUUCUAUAUGUAUGUACCUCUAUUUUGAAUUGUAUACAAGAGGAAAUCAUAUUUUAAUAUAGGUGUGUAUGAAAAGUAAUAUUUUUGCAUACUGUUUGUAGAGAUGGUGCUAAGUAAAGCAAACAAUAUUAUUGCUUUGAUGAUAAGCAGGGUCUAUAACAAUGAAAAAAAAUUGUACAUAUGUAUACUUUUGCUGUCGUGUAAACUACGUGGAUGAUAUUAUCCUUGAUAUUAAAAUACACCGAUUUGCAAAAAAAAACUUGUUUUAAUGUUUACCUAGCGCUGUUCUGAAUAUCGACACUCGGACCUGAUUACUCAUUUUUGCAAUACAUAUUGUACGAUGUGAAAAUAAAUACUUUUUGUAUUAGUUCCCACCAUGUGUCCUCUUCACAAAACAAAGGAAUGUUGGAUUAUAUUUAGUAACUAAGAAUAAACCUCUUUUUUAUAAAUAA